UAAAGGCGGCAUCGCUGCGGUAGUUGAUAGUGACACUGAGGCAUUGUGGUCUGAGGAGCCGACGAAACGAACACGAGCAGCGCCCAAUGCGCAAUAAUGCAUCCCUAAAUCAGCCAGUGUUUUCAUUUAUUGUGAGGACAGGGAAAUAUUAACGUUCAUUUGCUUUCGCUCGCCACUUUUAAGCAGAACAGAUGCCUGCACUUCGCAUCACGACAAUGAUCGCGCGAGGAUGCGCUGCUCUCCUGCUCCUGGUGAAUAUUGUCAUCUCUGCACCAGUCUCUCCAGGUCACAUGGAAGAGAAGGAUGUGAAGGUGAUGAAGUGUAUUGUGGAGGUGAUUGCAGAUGCUCUGUCUAAGCCUCAUCCAAUCCCAGUGUCCCAGGACUGCCUUGAAACCCUCAGCACUGAUGACAGGCUCGUGAGUAUCCUGCGCCACAGAAACUUUCUCCGAGAGUUGCAAGACAUCGCUGCCGAAGGAGCCAGUGAGAGAGCACUGAAACCCCCAGGAGAUGUGGCUGAUCAUGUGACCAGCCUCCCUAAAGACUUGAAGAAAACUGCAGACGAUCAGUCAAUGCUGGUUGCCAUGGAGAAACCAGAAGAAGAAACAGAGAAGCGAGGAGCAGGAGAGGAGAGCGAGGAGACAGAGCAGCAGUCUCAGAAACAAAACCAGAUUAUUACUCAGGAUGACCACAGUAAGGAACAAGAAGAAUAUGAGAAUUACAUCUCUAACUCCUUAAAUCCAGAGCAGAAGACAGAAUCACAGGAGGAGGCCACGAUAAGAGACGAGGAGAAGAAACACCCCAGCUCAGAAAAUGAGGAGGAAAGCGAUCCGGCUCAUAAAGAGGAAGGGCCAACAGCCACAGAUGAUGUCGAAGUGAAUCCCGAUGUGAAACAAUCCGUCAUGGAGGACAAUCAAGAACACAAAGGAGACGAAACUGAGAGAACGCAUUCAAAAGAAGAGCCAGAAGAAGACGAGGAGGAGAAGAAAAGAGAGGUUGGAGUGAAGCGCUGGAGUCGUGUAAGUAAAGUGUCCCACAAGAGAGUGGAGACGAGCCCAAAAGUUGAUGAACGCUGGGAGCCCCAGCACUCCAAGGAGAGAGAGGACCAAGAGGGGGAUCUGUGGAGAAGCCCAGAGGAGCAGGAGCUGCAGCUGAUGGCACAAACCCAAACACAGGACAAACGUGAAGAAGAGGGCAGUGGCAGCAGGAAGACUGGGGAUGCUGAGAUCGAGAGUCUGGCUGCCAUUGAGUCUGAAUUAGAGAGCGUGGCUCAGAAGCUCCAUGAUCUGAGACGAGGCUGAUCGGCUCCAGCUCUCCUUCUCUUUCACGUCUGCCCUUCAUCUCUCCUUCAGUAGAAAGGCAUGUAAACUGGAGAUGAGGCUCAGUUCACAGCAGCGCAAGCUCUUAUCUCAGCGCCCAUUCCCUACAUGUGUAACAUCAACCCUCCAAGCCAAAACAUUUACGUCUCUUCCCUUUCCUUGCGCUCCGCUUUGCUUUAUCGUGCUUGCUUCCUGAAGAAAUUUGGGCAUUGAGUACAUCCUGUCUCAAAUAUUUGCUAAAAACUAGCUGGAAUUAUCACGCUAGGUUGACAUUUUAAAUAUACUCAAGAGUACACAUCUGAAAGAUUGUACCUAAUAAUAUGGAGUCUUAUGAUCCAUAUGCAAUAAUAAUGUUUUUAUUAAAUAUGGUGACGACUGUGUUUAAAUGGUUUUUGGGAUUCCAGAAAACAAAUAAAGAAGUGUU